AUGAUGAAGCAGAAAAUUCUGGUGAAUUUUUGCAAUUUGAUCCAAGAAUCUAGUUAUUGUGAUCUGAGAGAGAACUUGGAUGAUGAAAGUCAAGAUGAAAGUAGUGAAAUGGGCGUGGAUAUGGAUUCAUCGAAUUCAUUAUCAAAUGAAUUGUUAGAAUGGUUCAUGUCAUAUAAUAUACCACACAGGGCUGCAAGCAGUCUAUUGAAAUUGUUGAAGAACAAUGGACAUAAUGAGUUACCCAGUGAUGUGAGAACUCUCUCAAUUACCCCUAAAAAUACUAAUUCUCAAAUUAUAGAUGCGUAUUUUGAUCUUGCGAAUUUACUUGUUCGCUCUAUUGAGAGGUAUUGUAAAAUUGCUCCAAAGAGUGUUGAAAUAGAUAGUGAUGUGGAUGGUUUACCAAUUGCUGUAAGUUUGGACAGUCAGUUCUGGCCCAUACUCUGUUCACUUGUUAGCAGUGACUUCAUAUCGGAACCUUCUACUAUUAAAAUAUUUCAUGGGUUCAAGAAACCAAAAAAUGUCAAUUCAUUUCAACAAACUUUCAUUGAGGAAGCUUCAGUGAUUUUAGAAGAUGGAAUAAUAUUCAAAAAUAAAUCAGUUCAAGUAACAAUGGAUGCCACAAUAUGUGAAGCACCAGCAAGAGCUUUCAUCUAUGGAAUCAAACAUCAUUCUGGGUAUUUUGGAUGUGGAGAAUCAAUCCAAGAGGGGGAUUUUCUUGAAAAUCGAGUGGUGUUUCCAGAUGUUAGUGCUACUCUUCGAAAAGAUGAGUCUUUCAAAAAUCGUAGUCAACCUGAACAUCACACUCCAUCAUCAGCCUUGGAAAAUCUAAAUAUAGGCAUGGUUUCGCAGGUGCCUUUGGCAUGCACCUGA